AGUCUUCCGCCUCCCGAGCCCGAGGCGCGCGCCGGGCCGUGACCGCGCACGGACCGAGCGGAGCGCUUUCCGGGAGACACCCGAGGGAGGAGCUAGGCGGUUGCCGCGGCGAAGAUUCCAGUUUGUUCCCCCAAAUCACUUAUGUCUAAGGCCUUGCUGAUUUCUCUUCAUCUCUGCAAAAUUGCUGCACCAUGGCAGGCCAGCAGAAACAUCAAUGGAUGGCCACAGGUGGCUCACAGAAAAUGCAAGAACCUCCAAAAAGCAUUGAAGAAUUCUUAAAGCUUCAAAACUGUGAUUGUUGGCCAAGGGAAAUCUGUUUUAAAGAUCAUGAUAAGUGGGUACACAUUAUGAAAACUAUAAAAGAAGAUAGUUCAUUUACUUCAAUUUAUUCAUAUCUAUGGAAAACUGUCCCUCGAAUAGAUGAGGCACACAUGUCAAUGGAGUCAAGAUUAAGUGAAUGUUCCGUUCUUCUGAAAAACCAUGCAUCCAGAAUAUUUGAGUGGAAUGACAUGAUUUCCAAAGCAAGUGCUUACGAAAAACUGGGAAGAUACAAGACAUUUGUAAAGAAGUUUGAUAGGAAAAAGAAGAUAAUGCUUUCAGAUAUAAUGAUGACAAAGAAGAAUAUAGAGGGUUGUAACUUCCCAGGAUUCAAAACAAAUGAACUUACUCAGCUACCCAGACAUUUGGAUGCUGAACGAAUUUAUCUUUUUGUUUUACAAUCCCGAAACUAUGAUGAAAGAGUUUUUAAAACCUGGAAGAUGUAUUUUCUCUCAGAAGCCUCCAUUGCUCUUUUGCAUGACUCUUUCUGGUGGUGGUUUCUCCAUAAAUUUAAGCCUGACAGAGAAAAUCAAGAUUACUUAUUUAAUAGAAUUUCAGAAAGUUAUGUGAUACUUUUCGUGAGCAUACCUCUAAGUCGAAAGGAUACUUUCUUUCAGAUAUAUCCUGAUUGUUUGACACAAGCUAUCUAUGUAACAUUCCAGGAAGCAUUCCCAGAAUCUAGUAAGAUCUUUAAUGAUAAAUUUAAAGAAGAUAUAGGAAAUAACAUAUUUCUUUGGAUGUCAGGUUUAAAACCUCAAAGAGGCUUUUGGACCCAUUGGAAACUGAGAGAACUUUCCACAACAACCAUACAUGGUAGCAAGAAAGCACCUACAAAAUCAAUAAAGCAAAGGAUCAUAAGCAGUCAAGAAUCUAUGUCACCUGCUAUAGACUUCAAUACAGCAAAAAUUUUAAAGAAUCCAAGAGCAUAUACAACGUCCACAAUCAAGGAAGACUCAAGACCUACAAUGAAGUCUCAUUAUAUUAGCACUGGUCCAGAGUUUUACCGUAUUCUCUUCAAUGUUGGAAGUCAGAGUCCACUAAUUCUGUAUUAUCUUAAGAGGCAUAAUCUAACUGGGGUUUUCAAAGCCCUUAAACAAACCAAGAUUAAACUCACUGCAAUAUUCCAAGAACCAUCACCUGCUCCAACAUACUCUGAUAUCAUCAGGGAGGCGAAAAAACAAUUUGAAAGAAACUACAAGGAAUUUAGAAUAGAAAAGCAAAGAAUUAAUGAAGAAAUAAAAUUCCUAAAACAGCGACAGGAAAGAAUUGACAAGGAGCUUGACAGACUCCAAGCAAAGGCUAUGAAGAAGCCUUAUGAAGUUCAGAGUGACUUUGAGAAGUUCCUACAUAAAUUGCGUUCUGAAGAAAGCAUGGAUUUAGAAUAUAUGACAUCACAGUCAUCAUCAUCAACGGAAAUCUACACAUUGGAGGAAGCAGAACACAGUGAGAAACCAGAAAUUAAUUAAAUUCAAGAAUAAUAGACACAGUCAAUUUUAUCAGUUUAAUUGUAGCAGUAUGUUUAUUUAAGUCAAGUCCAAUCCAUGUAUUUAGAGUGUUUUAUCAUUUAUCUUUAAAAAUCUUCCCAUCGACAAUCUCAGUAAAUCAUCCUUAAAAUA